CGGCGGCGGCGGCGGCGGCGCGGGACCUACCCUGUGAGCCGCCGGUGCCGGGGCAUGCCGGCAUGCCAGUGCCCGCGUGCCCGCAGUGCCCUGCCCUGAGCCCGGUGCCGGAGCCCGGCGCUGCCAUGGAGGAGCCGGCCGCUGGCGUGGCCGAGCCGUGGGCCGAGGGGCUGUGCAACAGCAACAACAACGCUUCCCCGGGGGGGUGGCCAGGAGCCCGGGGCGGGCACCCCUUGGCACCUUUCGGGGCUGAGCCCAGCUACCUGGGGCGGGUGGUGCUGGAGAUCGUGGAGUCGGAGCGCACCUACGCCCGGGACCUGCGCAGCAUCGUGGAGGGCUACCUGGGCAAGAUCAUCGACGCAGAGGAGCCGGUGCUGCGGCCGGAGCAGGUCAGCGCGCUGUUCGGCAACAUCGAGGACAUCUACGAGCUCAGCAGCACCCUGCUGCAAAACCUGGAGAGCUGCGCCAGCGACCCGGUGGCCGUGGCCGUCUGCUUCGUCACGCGGAGCCAGGAGUUUGCCAUCUACACCCAGUACUGCAACAACUACCCGAGCUCGGUGGCCGCGCUGGCAGAGUGCAUGAGGAGCAAAGCGCAGGCGCGGUUCCUCCGCGAGUGCCAGGAGCGCCUGCGGCACGCCUUGCCCCUCGGUGCCUACCUGCUCAAGCCCGUCCAGAGGAUCCUCAAGUACCACUUGCUGCUCCAGGAGAUCGCCAAGCACUUUGAGCACAAGUCAGGGGACGACUAUGAGGUGGUUCUGGAGGCCAUUGACACCAUGACCUGCGUGGCCUGGUACAUCAACGACAUGAAGCGCAAGCACGAGCACGCCAUCCGUCAGCAGGAGAUCCAGUCGCUGCUGCUGGGCUGGAAGGGGCCAGACCUGACCAGCUACGGGGAGCUGGUGCUGGAGGGCACGUUCCGCGUGCAGCGGGCGCGCCACGAGCGCGCCGUCUUCCUCUUCGACAAGACCCUUCUCAUCACCAAGCGCCGCGGAGACCACUACGUCUACAAGAGCCACAUCCCGUGCUCCUCGCUGAUGCUGAUCGAGAGCACGCGGGACUCGCUCUGCUUCAGCCUGGCUCACUACAAGCACGGCAAGCAGCAGCACAACCUGCAGGCCAAGAGCGUAGAGGAGAAGCGCGUGUGGACCCACCACAUCAAGCGGCUCAUCCUGGAGAACCACCACGCCACCAUCCCCCAGAAGGCUAAGGAAGCCAUCCUGGAGAUGGACCUGUUCCACCCCCCGCGCCUGCCCCGCUGCAGCCCCGAGCGCCUGAAGAAGAGCUGGUCCUACCAACCCCUGGCCAUCAGCACCGCCGAGGCGCGCCAGGGCCGCCGGCAGUCCGAGCCAGCCAAGCAGAUCCUGCGGCAGCUGGGCGAGCAAGGGCUCAAGCACGCUGGCAGCGAUGGGGCGCUCCUGGAGGCAGGGGAGCCCCCCCAGCACCCCAGAGCCUGGGCAGUGGCUGAGGGCAUGGUGGAGGAGGAGGAGGAGGAUGAGGAGGAGGAAGAGGAGGAGGAAGAGGAGGAAGCUUUGAGCAAGGACUGCCAGGAGGAACAGCUGGGCAGCGGGGAUCUGCUGGUGGAGCCCCAGGAGGAGCAGGCCGGGGGGUACCCACUGAUGCCAGAGGGACCCAAGCGGCCGAGCAGCUGGGGGCCAGGCAGCUGUGAGAAGGUCAGUGCGGCCCCGCAGUCCCCGCCGGGCGGUCCCGAGGGACCCAGCACCCACCCGCCCACCCCUCCGCAGGCCGGCCAGCACCCCGAGGGGCCGGGGGCACCCGAAGCCCCGUCCUCGGUGGGGACCCCGGCACCGGUGCAGCCAGGCGGGGAGGGGGAGGCGGAGCGAGCCGCCGAGGAUUUGCAGGGGUUGAGCAGCGAGGAGGAGGAGGAGGAGGAGGAGGAGGAGGAAGGAGAGGAAGGAGCUGCUGGCAGCAUCCUGCCCGUGUCGGUGCUGGACCAGGCGAGCGUGAUCGCGGAGCGGUUCGGCGGCGGCGGCAGCUUCUCUCGCCGCAGCAGCCUGGCGCUGGAGGGACCGGCGGGACGGCUGCACAGCCGCAGCGGCAGCGCCCUCAGCCUGGACGGCGGCCUCCCCCUCGAGGUCGGGGAGCCCGGCGGAGGGCCCCACAGCCCCAUCCCCUCCCCCGAGCCGCUCACCGGAGCCCGCCGGGAGUCGUUUCUAUCCAACCGGGACCGCCUGCUCCUCGACAAGAUCAAGAGCUACUACGGGCACGCCGAGAACCGGGACGCCAGCUUCAGCGUCCGGCGCCGCGAGAGCCUCUCCUUCAUCCCCAAAGGGCUGGUGCGGAGCUCCGUCUGCCGCAUCAACGGCCUCCCCCGGCCCCCGGCGAGCCCUGAGCCUCCCCCCGGGGGGAUCGAGUCGUCCCCGAAGGAACCAUCCCCGAAAGAGCCGCCCCCGAAGGAGCCGCCCCCGGGGGAGCCCGCCCCGAGGGAGCCGUGCCGCGAGAACGGGCUGCAGACCCCCGAGCCGCUGCUCAUCCUGGAAGAGGACGACUUGGCUACCGGCGUCGAGGGACCACCGGCCGCGCCCCCGCCGCGGCUGCCGCUGAGCCCCGCGCACGCCGGCACCAAGGUGUACCAGCUGGCCCGGCAGUACAGCCUCCGCAUCAAGAGCCGCCGCGCCGGCUGCCGCCGCCCCCCGCUGCUGCCCGACGACGGGACGCCGCUCCGAGCCGGCCCCCCCGAGCCGGCCGUGCCGCGGGACGGGGGGCUGGCGGUACCCCCGUCCCCGGCCGCGCCUCGCAGCCCGCCCAGCCCCGGCGCCGCCGAGCCCUUCGCCUGGCCCGACGUGCGGCAGCUCCGUGCCCGGUUCGGUGCCCCGCGCCCGCCCCCGGUGAGCCGCAGCCGCUCCGCCCCCGAGGGGCCGUGCCGGGGCGGGCGUCCGGCAGAGAAGGAGCGGGGCGGCGGCCGGAGCCGCAGCGCCGAGGCCGGGGGAAGCCUCAGCACCCCCGGCACGGCCCCGGCGCGGUACGGCAGCGACGGGGAGCUGUGGGUGACGGCGGAGGCCGCCCUGGGUCCCGGGCAGCGGGUGCUGGUGCUGGAGCGGCUGCCGGCGCCCCCCGCCGAGCCCCCCAGCUACGUGCAGAUCCGCUCGCCCACCACCCGGGAGAAGAUCUGCCUGAAGGCGGUGGUGGAGCGGUGCAAAGCUUACCAGGCCUCCGAGGAGUACCGGCGCCGCUGCCCCGAGCCCCCCGACGGCCCCGAGCCCCCACAGCCCCCCCGGCACGGCCUCGUCCGGGACCUGCGCCAGAAAUUUCAGACCCUGGAUGCCGCCAGCUAGGUGGGGGAUGGGGAGAAGGGGGGUGUUCUGCGGACCCCUGGCUAAAGGAGCACCCCACAGACCCCCAACCUGCCGGGGAGAAGGGGCAGCCCGGGGAACCUCCGACUCACCUGGAUGAAGGAGCAACCCGUGGACCCCCCGGCUUAGCCAGAAGGAUCAUGCUGUAGACACUUGCCCAGGAGAAGGGGCACCCUGUGGACCCCUAACCUGACCAGGACAAAGGGCACCCUGUGGAUCCCCCAACCUGACCAGGAGAAGGGGCACCCCGUAGACCUCCAGCUUACCCAGGAGACGGGGCACCUCACGGACCUCCAACCUACCUGGAUGAAUGGGCAUCCCGUAGACACCCACCUUGCCCAGGAGAAGGGGGACCACGUAGACUCUCAAGCUGCCCAGGAGAAGGGGCAUUCCGUGGACCCCCAAUAGCCUGGGAGAAAGGGCACCCCAUGGCCCCUAGAAGAAGGGGCACCCUUUGCCCCCACCUCAUCCACCAAGGGAGCAGGACCCCCCAUGCCCCCCAGCCCACGGGGGCCCCAGCACUGCGCCCGCUUGCUUUCACAUCUUUAUUAGAAAAAGAAACCCCAAAC